AUGUCGACUACCCUCCCCUCAAUUGCCUGCUUGGGCGUAAUAGGUCGAAACAACAACCCCCUCCACAUCUCCAUCUUCAACUCCUACGACCCCUCCACCAACUCGUUCCGUCCAGUCCGCACGCCCCUCCAAUUUUCCUUACUGCUCUCCUCCACCCUCGACAUCUUUGAGCUCCGAUCCCGCGCCCACGCCGCCCAGGGGACCGGCCUGACAGGUGACUUUGGCCUGCUGCACGCGGUAGACGAGAAGCUGGCGGCCUAUGGCUUCGAGACCAACACGGGGGUGAAGUUUGUGGUCGUGGUGGACAUGAGAGGGAGGAGAGCGUCGACUGCUGCUGCUGGCGUGGGAGAGGAUGGGAAGAAGAGCAGCGCGGUGGGGACGACGGGGGUGGGGCUGAGAGAAGGAGAGAUGAGGGUUGUGUUCAAGGCGAUGCAGGCGGCGUAUAUCCGGUUGAUGCAGAACCCUUUUUACGAUCCGGAUGAGCAUAGCCCGCUGACGGGGCCGGGGAAGAAGAUUACGAGUAGGAGGUUUGGGGAGGAGAUGAGGAAGAUUGGGGAGGGGUGGGUGCCGGGGGUGACGAGUUUGUGA